GGUGUCUAAGAUCUUAUAUGUGUAAGACUAAUGUCAUAUAACCAUAUAGAACCACAAUCUCUCAAUGACCUAUGACCAUAACCAUAACAUAUGAAACAUAACCCAACAAUAUUAACCACCUCCCUUGUUUUAAGGGAGUUGGUGUUCAACUAAUCGAAAUUAUAAACACUUUCUUGAUUUUACGCUCUUCUUUCCCCAUAUUAUGCAAAAGAGGUUCUAUGUGUACGACAAUAUUCUAAUAUUCUGAAUUUAUUUGACGACUUUAUUCUAUAUCCAGUUAUCCGGGUUGGUAUAGCUCCCACAUGUAUUAAACAAUUAUCCUUUUACCCGUCUCGGUCAUAUCGAUCAUAGUAUUGACACAUGCACAACAACUCUCACCAAUCACCCUAUGUCACAUACUCGACAGUCCACACACAAGCCCCCAUAGCUCGAGUUUAUCAAAGGUAUAAGUAGAACCUAGAAUAAAGACCUUGUAUGUUAGGGAAGACGACCAAAACUUCUUAAUUUGAGCUGGAAAAACUUGAACCGUGACAUUUGAAUUGGCAGUUGGUGACAUUGUAAGAAACUUCUAAUAGCACUUUAGUCCAUUCUAUCAAAUACACCUUCAAAGGGUGCAUUCCGGGUUACUGCAUUCUCGCCUCCAAAACUUCUGUCUCUUGCAUUGCCCAUUACUAUGAGGAACUGAAACUAUCACCAUUCUCUGAUAGCUUAGCAAUGUUUGUGCAGAUCAUUUUUUGCGAACGUUCAUUUGACACGUUUUAAGUUCAUCCAUACUUGGCCUAGUGACUUCAAUUCUACCUUACUUUACUAAAUUAUUUUAAUCGAAUUUUUGGUUACUUCUCGUAUAUUUGAGUUUAUAACCUAAACACAAUAUUUAAAUCAUCUUUCUUUGCAUUUCUAGGUUUAAGUCUCUUAGUUCUACCUGGGUUUUUUGGGUUCGUACUUGAGUUUCUGGGUAUUGUUUGAAUUCUUGGUUCUCACUCGAGUUUUUGGGUUUUGUUUAAGUUUCUGGGUUUUAUUCAAGUUUCUGGGUUUCAUUCGAGUUUUUGGGUUUUACUUUGUAUUCUUCGUGCAUUUCACCCUUUUAUAGGUUGUAUUAGGGCUCCUUUUUGAAAUUGCUAGACUUGUAAUUUGGUUAACUAUUAGGAGAAUGGCUUACAUAAAUUUGUAUUCAUGUGCCAAGCCUGACUUGAUCUUUGACACCAUCAAGUACACAUAAGCCAAAGUCGUCAAGAAACUUAGUAAUAUUCAUCCUUUAAGCAAGUUGGGCAUUUACUAGUUUUCCAAAUUCCGUACUCGAUACAAUACAUCAAACCUACUGCAAACAUGUUUGUUUUUAUAUUUUUGAGAUCCGCCCAACCAAAAGGGCUUCAUGGACCUCAAUAAAGGGAGUCUCAAGACGAGGGUUGUUAUCCCUUUUCUUUUCUUCAUACAAAUUCAAGAGGUGCUUUUUUAAAGUGUGACCUUCUACUGGAUUGUUAUUUUUAUUAGAAGGAUUUCCACUUUACUGGACACCAAAUCCUAUCGCUCAACACCCUGGAGAACUAGUCGACGUAGAUGGGGAUGAAGCCCUAUACUGCCAAUUGUUAGAGGAUAUGAUUUGUCUUUUAUACAACCAUUCUCCUUAAACUGGAAUACCGAGGUGUAGAUGUAAAAGUCUGUAUAGAGCCGAGAGUUUCACGUAGAUCGAGGUAUCAACUACUUUACGAGAUGAGUGAGAAAGAGGAUGAUGACGUUGAAACAGGUGCCCCUGAUACAGAGGCGAUGGUUGACCAACCAACAGGCUCUGAGCAAACACCCCUUGAAAUUUCCUUGAAAAGGAAAUGUUUUGAGGGCAAGAAUGCGAUUUCUCUUUCGGAUGAAGAAGCUCAUAAAGAGGCAAGUACUGAACACUCUUGGUUGGGCAAGCACGCACCAGUCAUUGCUAAGGGUGAUAAUUGGGAUUCAACUAACCAAGGCAAAGCUUUUGGUAAAGGAGCGUCCUUUUGGGAUUCAACUUUUUCCCAUUCGACCCACAAUCGAGCUCACAAUUUACUUGAUGUUGACCUUAUAGAACUAAGCAAAUAUAGCGCAGUCGACUUGAGCAUUGGUUUGCAAAACUAUCUUAAUAAGGCCACUGCUCUAGCCUACAUGAGUGAGAUGAAAGCAAAGGAAGCUCGAGCCAACAAAAGGUCAAAGAAAGAGACUGAUUGCGAACUUGAGCGUCUGAAGGCUGAAAUCAUUGAGCUCAAGGAUGCUAACGCUAAAGCUAAUGAGAAACUGCUAAAGGCUGAAGCGGAAAUCCAAGCUGAAAAGGAGGCUAUGACCAUUGCAAAAGACGAGUAUGCUUCUGCCUUAAACACUUGGGAGGAAGAGAAGAAAGAACUCCUAGACUACGAGGUAACCUUAAAGACCGAAGUAGCAAAGUCCUUUCAAAAUGGUUUUCAAGCUGCCUUGGAGCAAGCCCGAGUCAUUGCCCCAUCGAUUGACUUUUCGACAGCAAAUCCUUGGAAAUUUGUAUUGAACGGUGCAAUUAUUGGUUAAGAAUAGACGCUAUGCAAAUAUGUAAAACUCUUGUGACCAAAACUAGUACCUUAUUUUUCGGAUUAGUGAAUUAUCAUUUUUUGUACUUUGAUUUUAGCAAUAGUGAAUUAUCAUAUUCACA